AUGUUUGGUGGAUCUGGCAAUGGUUUGGACGAGACCACGCCAUUGGUCACGAGUGAAGCUAGAGCUCACUGGAGAGGAUUGACACACCCCGUUUUCUCCAAAACUGCGGGUGACGUAGGACAACUGUGUGAUGCGGCACGACGGCAUCUACGUUCCGUGUUUCGUGUAGGUGGAUUGAACAUUUGCAUUAUUGAAGUAAGCGUCGUAACAGACUCUCAGUUGAGCCGGUGUUUGCCUAGGUUUUUCCCCCCAAAGCGGUACUGUGACGCUGCUCUUGCCUUGAUGCGAGGGGGUGGAUUUCACGUUAUCGCGGAUGUGGAUGGCGUGGCGGGGUCGGGCUUGCUGCGUGUCAUUACGGGAACUGCCUUAUGCGCGAGCGGGACUGUUCUCGCCAAUGGUGUACCUGUCGAGGCGGGUGUAUUUCGUAAGGCGGUUGGUAUCUUUACCAAUGUGGAAGCCUACAUGCCGAACCUGACAGUGGAGGAGAACAUUAAUUUUGUAGUCUCAAUGCGGACAAAUGUGACUGGAGAGGCAAGGGAGGGGUUGGUGGAGGCCGCCUGCGUUCUGACUGAGUUGGAUCGGCAUAAAGUCGCAAAGUUGCUUUCGCCUUCAGAGGCGUUUCGUCUUCGUCUUGCGAUGGAAAUCGUAAGAGAUCCCCCUGUUAUUGUUGCGUAUUACCCCUUUGAUUGCAUGGAACAUGCUGAUGCCUCAGAGUGUAGUGCGGUCUUGAAGCGACUAACAACAGUACUGGAAAAGACGGUUAUAGUUUCAACAACGACACUUUCUUCUUAUUUAUUUGAGGUCACAGAUGCAUUGUUGUUGCUGGGACGUGGAGGAUGCGUUCUAUACUCUGGCGACGCCGCCACGAUGCCGCUAUACUUCAAUGGUCUUUAUGCUUCCCUCAAUUCAUCAUCUGCUCCUUACGUUAACGUGUCACAAGGUGCUAGUCCGGGUUACAGCAACACUUCAACCCCAUACCGAGUGACUGAUUUUACCUCUUCAGCAAGGGAGGGCAGCUAUAAUGGGAGCGAUGCACGUCAUAUUUUGUCUUCGCUAUCAUUGCGAAUACAGGAGUCGAGGGCGGCAGCGAGAAACACCUUUGUUUCGUGCGGGGAUGACGCUUUAGAUCUUGCUACACUUUGGGCCGAGUCCCAAACUGUUACUGAGUUUUACGCUGCUAAGUUUUACAACUCACAUCUGCGCCGUCGAGUGUUUCAGACCAUUAUGCGUUUCUCUAACCCGCCUCAGCAUGUCUCUGAUGUGGCACCAUUCACGAGUACAGUACCGUCUCAGUACGCAGUAUUAAAACCAUUUCUUCUUUGGUGGUAUGAUGCUAUGCAAACAUGGCGAGAUUCUGAGGUUUAUGCUCACCUUGCUUUGUUAUCGCUGGGGUUGUUGGUGAUUGCGUUGCUGAUGCAGAACCAGAAUGACGACCAGGGGGGUAUGUAUAAUAUUAGAGGCAUGCAGUUUGUGUUGUUUCUUCUUACCAUGCUGGCGAAUACAACAACUAUGGGUGACGUGGAUCACCAACUGCGUCUUUUUUUUCUUCAACGCGACAACGGACUUUAUGGCACAGCUUGCUUUAUGAUAGUUUUUCUUCUCCGUACUGUGUUUGUUCGGGUGGUAUACUUGGCAUUUUUCAUUCCAGUUGUGAUAUACGUGCUGAAGAUGAGUUACACGUUUUUCCUUCUCGUUGGCGCCUUAAGUGUCACACAGGUGUUGUUACACGUAACUGUGCAUGCAUUGGUGCCUCGUAAUCGUUUGGCACUCAUAGUGCUUCGGUUAUAUCUGGGAUACAAUGCAAUUUUCUGUGGCUUCUUGCUGAACCUGACAACGAUGCCAUCGAUGGUUGGGAAAAUGAGUAUACUUCGUUGGAGCUACGGUGCCGCGUUGGCGCAGAGCCUGCGGGACAUGCCGUUUAGCUGCGACGGUUCAGGAAACACAUCUUAUUGCUACAGUGGAAACACGUAUCUGGCGCUUGAGGGGUUUUCGGACGAAUCCACAGAGCGAUCAUUGGUAGUGUUUAGUGUGAUGUGUGGCAUGCUAAUAAUACUCAUGGGGAUUGCUUUGGCGUGUAGAAAGUAG